AUGGUUGAAUUGGAUGAUAACAAAGUAUGGAUCGAUGGGUGUUUUGAUUUCACUCAUCAUGGUCAUGCAGGAGCGAUUCUUCAAGCUAGACAAACAAUUGAUUUAUCACAAGACGUUGGAAAACUAUAUUGUGGUGUCCAUAACGAUGAGGACAUUGCAUAUAAUAAAGGUACAAAGCCAGUUAUGAAUGAGAAUGAAAGAUAUGCACACACGCGUAGUAAUAGAUGGUGUGAUUAUGUGAUUGAAAAUGCACCAUACGUGACAGAAGCUGAAUGGUUAGAUAAGUAUGGUUGCAGAUAUGUUGUGCAUGGAGAUGACAUUACACUAGCUGCUGAUGGUAGUGAUUGUUAUCAAAAAAUGAAAGAUAUUGAUAGAUUUAGAGUAGUCAAGAGAACUCCCAGUGUUAGCACUACUGAAAUUAUUCAUAGAAUGUUAAGUGAGAAGUAUAAGAUUGAAACAAUCAAUUUCAAUGAUUUACCAAGCAUAGAUGAAUACAAUAUGUAUUGUAAAGGAUAUGAUGGCGAGAGUAUUCAUUGUAAUAUUUAUGAGAAUCAUUUCAAGAAUUUCAUUAUUAAACGAUCUAAUGUUGGCGAUACUGGUUGUUCAUUGAAAACCAUUUUAAUUGAAGGCGAUUUUGAUUUAUUUCAUAUUGGACAUAUUGAGCAAUUACAAAGAAUCAAAGAAGAUAUUUUCGAGGAGCCAAUUGAAUUAGUUGUAAGUAUUAAACUUGCUGAUGAUAAUGUUAAUAAUAUCAUGACGAAAAAAGAGAGAAUAUUAAGCGUGUUGGCAUGUAAAUAUGUGGAUGGUAUAAUAUUAAAUGCCCAACAUGAUGAAAUAAGCAAGGACGUUUAUAAGAAAUUCCAGUUGGAUAGUGAUGUACUAAAGAACCAUAAUAAGAAUAAAUUUCAAUAUCUUAAUAAGCAAGUAAUUAUUGAUAGAAUCUUAUCCCGGCGAAACGAUUACAUUGCAAGAAAUAAGAAGAAAGGUAUGGAGAUCUCUUAA